AUCUGGGGACUCUUCUAUAAAUACUAAAAACCAAACCCAAAACCACAGGCUUCCAUUUUCGAAAAGUUCUCACAAUUCACAAACCAUAAUCAUAAUAACAUUAAACCUCAAAGUUUCUUUCUUUGAUCAUUCCUACCUUGUACAAAAAUCUCAACUUUCAUAAUCAUUCCACCCGAUCAAUCAUACCCUCUUCCAUUUUUCACUUUCCAAUCCGAUCUCUGUGAAGAAACUCGAAUACCCUUUUCACCCGAAGCCUUAUUAUUAUUCCUCUACUUCAUCAUUAUAAACACAAGUUUUCCUCAGACCAAAAUCCUUGUUGGGUUGUCUUUGUUUUCUUUUUUUUUUUGUUCCCCAGAGGAAGGUAUUCAUGGGUUUUGGGAAAAAAAGAGAAAAGGGUGUUCAUAAGCAAGAAGGCUACCACAGAAUGAGAUCAGAGCCCAAAACUCAACCUCACGAGAUUUGGCAGUCAACUGUCCCUAAAUGGGAAAAAGAUUUCUGUGCUACUGUGGGUUCAGUUCCAUGGGGGAAACUUUUAGACACAAAGAAGUACAUUCAUCUGUAUGAAAAUGUCAUCGAUUGGAACGAUUCUGCCUCUGAAGAGGCAUUCAUACAAGCUAAAAACAGAUUUUGGGCAUACAUUAAUGGAUUUACAUCUGAAAUAGCAUUACCUGAUCCUGAUAUCUACAUUGAUGAAGUAGAUUGGAACUCUGAAAUUGAUCCUGAGCUAUUUUUGGAUUUGGAAAGACAACCAGAACAGACCGAUCACAACAGUGAUGAUGAGAAGGUUCUGAUUCUCAGUAAUGCUCAGAACCUCAACAAUAUUGAACUUGGCAUUGACGACAUUUGCCCCACUGGAUGGGGUGAUGAUGAAGAAGAAGUCAAAGUAGAUACUUCCAUACCUUCUCUGAAUCCUGGAGAUGAUGGUAAACAUGCUUGGGAGCACAACUAUGAUUAUAAUGGCUGGAACAACAACUUUGCUCAAAAUGAUGUUGACAGGGAGCGCUACCCGACUUGGGGCAUGAACAGCUCGAAGAAAGAUGGCUCUGGUUGGCACAACUCUGGAUAUCAAAGAUCAAGAUUUUCUGGCAAUGACUAUCAUCAGCAGAGGAAUAAUGGGCAUAGAGGGAGGAGGAGGCAGUGGAAAUGUGCACCAGUUAACAACCAUAGUGGCUCAGGCAGAGGAGAAAAUCAUGCUUGGGGUUGGGAGAAACAAGUUUGGUGAAGAGAGUAAUCAAUAGCUUUAUUUGUUUCAUAUUUUUUGGCUAUUCAAAAGUAUAUAGCUAUCAUAAGAGUUUUAUUAUUUUUUUAAAGUAUAUAGGAAAGUGUAUGAAGUGGUAUAUAUUAGCUUUAAGGUAGUAUGAACUGGGGCAGUUUUGGUUUUUCAUUUUACCUUUGGUUGAAGAAGACAUUUCUAGUUUUCUUGAGCCUUGAGAAUGCCCUUUAAUGGCUAUUUGCUAGUUAAAAGUAUGUGUCUUUCUAUAAUCAAGGCAUGCAAGUAAUGUUUUUCACUUAUCAAUAAAUUUGUUUCCUAUCA